UUGAUAAAAGCAGUCAAGUUGUCUGACCAAGUUAGCCAGCGAGAUGGUCAGUGCGUUAUCACUGCCCAGGUCAAUGUUCAAGCACGCGUGAGCGGGUGGAAUUUACUGGGAAACAGGACAUCUCUUCCCACGUGCUCUGGGAAGUAUAUUCCAAAGCCACGGAUUCGUGUUUUCCUUGAAGCCUUUCUGUUGAAGCCCUGGAUAGAUUACACGGAUAUCCAAUAUGACCACAGCACGCGCACAGCUGAGAAACACCUGGGUCGAAUUCUCGUCGGCGCUGGCGUUAUCCAGGGAGGCAUUGCGGCCGCGAAUAAUCUCACCGCGAAACAGUUCUUAGACAUGUUACAGAUCCUCUUUUCCGCAGUUGGCGGCUUUGAGACGCGUCGAUAUCGCUCACGGGUGCCCUGA